AUGGCCGAAGACUCACCGGCACCGCGACGUUCGCAGAGGGAACGCAAACUAGCCCAGCACUUUACGUCCGUUGAUAGUGCUCUCAGUAAGGGAAAACGCAAACGAGACGACAGCGAAACCGAGGACGAGGGGCUAGAUGAACGCGACGUGCAUGCAUCAGAGGAUGAGGGGGAUGACGAGGACGACGAACCAGGUCCUAAGAGCAAGCGAAAGCCUCGCAGGAGCAAGACGAAGUCACCAGUGAAACCCAAAGGCCCGCCACCAGCGAAGAAACCACGAGCCGCGAAGCAGCCUGCGCCUAAAUCCGACAAGCCUGCUACGCGUAGGGGGAGGAAGCCUAAGAACGCAACAACUGGCGCGUUUAAUGCCGCCGAGGUCGCGAAGGACACGAAAAUCUCGGACGACAAUCCCCUAUUUAAUGCUAUCAUGAACCCGUCGGCAGCACUGCAGUCCACGGCGGAAGACUUACUGCAAACGCUGACCGAAACGCCAGGAGCCGCGCAAGCUGAAUUAGUCAAUCUCAUUCUACGAGCCUGCGGUUGCAAUGAUUCUGUCGAUGCAGACGAAGCUCUCGACUAUGACGGUGUCGUCGACGCGCUUGACAAUUUCACUGAACUUCUAAAGCAGGACAAUUCACCAGUCUAUCCACUCACGUCCAAGCUACCCAUCUUCAAGAAGUUCCGCAAGUCUCUUAGUGAAUUUUUAGGACGGUUGAUAUCCUCCUCGGCAUCACUGGGUCACCUCUAUACCACCGAUUUGAUGCCAACACUCCAGACUUGGGUGAUUGCCAUGUCUUCAUCUCAAAUCCGUAGCUUCCGCCAUACCGCGACGGUUGUCGCUCUGGAAGUUGAGACGGCUUUGUGCGAGGUUGCUGCUAAGGUUGAGAAGGAAGCUGAAGUCAUAGGACGGCAGCGGGAGGGAGAGAAGAAGCGAAAAGCCAAUAAUAAAGGUACCGGGGCUAAAGACAAGCAGCUUGAGGGGAAAGCGGCGGAGGUCAGAGAGCGGCGAACGAAGGUAGCAGAGUAUCUGAAGGAGUUUGUUGACGGCGUCUUCGUUCACCGAUAUCGCGACCUAGAUCCUAAUAUCCGUGCCGAGUGUGUUCACGCCAUUGGUCUUUGGUUCAAGAAGUUUCCCGCCCAUUAUUUGGACGGAUCCUACCUCCGAUAUGUUGGCUGGGUUCUUUCUGACUCAACGACCCAAGUCCGCCUGGAAGCUGUGCGAGCUCUUAUUGGUGUCUACGAGCAAACCGACUACAUUGGCUCAUUAAACCACUUCACCGAACGCUUCAAGCCUCGGCUGGUCGAAAUGGCUACCAGCGACACCGAGCUUUCCGUAAGGGUAGCAGUGAUCCAAGUGCUCGAAUCAAUGGAUGAUAAUUCGCUUCUGGAAGACGAAGAACGAGAGAAGCUGUGCCUGCUUAUAUAUGAUCAAGAACCAAAAAUCCGAAGAGCUGUGAGCGGCUUUGUCAAGAGUAUGUGGGAUGAGACGGCGGAGGAGCGUCUGGUGGGCCGAAGCAAGUCAAGCAAGAACGACAAGGCACGUGCUGGUGUUAAAGCCCUAGCUAUGCUUCUGGUCAAGUGGGGCAGCGUAAUUGACAGGUCUCCUGGCGGACUGGACGAUGGCGAGGGAGACUCAGAAGAUACUGCUAACGCGCAAGCUGGGCGCAAGGAGUUGACGGCUUUGGCUGUUGCAGACUCUACUGGGCGGGUAGCAUUGGCAGUGGAGGCACUGUGGGAUGAGUUGGAACCUGUCAGUGACUGGGAGGGGUUGCUGGACGUGCUUUUAUUGGAUCAUUCUGCCACGGGCGAAGAUAACUCGCAGACGUCUCACGGCGGCCGUGCUGACGGUACUGCUGACGGCUCGGAAGCAUCUGUUGAUGAGGCCUGGCGGCUGGACGACGUUGAAGAAGGCAUCUUGUUGGAGGUCCUGGUCGCUGCCCUGCAACGGGCUAAGAGGGUGGCAGCGGGAGGCAAAAAGGGUGAAGAAGAAACCGUCACGAACGACAUAACCCGCGCGUUGAUCAAAGGGCUACCUCGCCUCUUCAUCAAGCAUCAAACGGAUUCCAAACGGAUCGCGGCUGUCCUCUUGAUUCCUCAACUCAUGAACCUUGAUCUGUACCUAGAGAUGCGAAUGAUUGCUGGCUAUGCAAGUUUGUGGGACGACGUCACCAAACAGUUUUUAUCACAUUCCUCGCUACCCGUCCUGACACAUGCAGUUUCUACGAUACUCACAUUCCUGGCCGCAACGAGUCUUUCAAAUACAAAUAGUACAAAGAUCCUGGAGUUGGAGGACGAGUUGUCGUCGCUUCUAAGGGAUGCCGUUGCUGGGAGGGACGAGAUCGAGGUGACGUCCUUUAGCGAAGACGAAGUGUUGUCGCUAGGAGCCUUGUGCACCCGACUCGCCGUACUGUCUGGUAAUCGUGACCUAACGGCAUGGACAGAGGAAGAUGAAGGCGGGAAGCAGUCCAGUGUCUGGGACAUCAUCAGUGCUAUCUCGGAGCGAGGCAGACUCGGAUACAAGGAAGAAGAGACCAUGGUCAAGCAAGCCCUACGAUUCCUGUCUUUCCAUAUUAUCUGGAAGGCCAAGGAACUUCCGACCUCUGCUGAACCCUCGCCCGAUGAGAUACAGUACAAGGAUAAACUGUCCGCGCAGAGGGAAUCUUUGCUAGAGAAGCUAACCGAAUACGCAAUUGGUACCCAGUCGAAUACCGUCGAAAGCGUUAAGAGAGAGGCAUUCCAGCAUCUCCUUAAUCUCCAUGUUCUUUUUUCAUCGUCUUUGACAGUCGACGCGGAAGGCUUACCACUACCCACGGCAUCCCUACCCCUCACCCUAGAAGACGAAAUUCAAUAUCGCUGCGCGGGCUUUGUCCAAGCCGAAAUCGAGCGAUACGCAGAUAUUUAUGCAGAGCACAGACCCCGGGAAGACGAGGAAAGCUCGUCUGAACGAAGCGAUGACGACCAAGCGGACCCCAAGGAACCGUCGAAACAAAAACGAGUGGCUUCCGAAUCAAAAGAACCUGCAGCCGUUUCUCGCUCCCUCUUAGAGCAAGAGUAUGCGUUCAUCGAUGUCAUGUCGACCUUUCUACGGGCUAUACGAGCGGGUGCGAUACAUGUUCGACAUGGCGCGACGCUGCUAGCACAUUAUGGUCGGCUGGGCCCGUCAUUUGACAUAUGUUCCCGGACGAUUGUGGAUGUCUUGCGCGAAGAGGGGAUGGUGAAAGGGAACGGGGACCUGGUGGCCACUGUUAUUAUCCAAGCCUUACAGGAAGCAUUCACUCUAGUUCUCGAAGGCGUUGUGCGGGAGGAAACAAACGCUGUGGCUCUCGCAAAACUCCUCCUCUCGUGCUUCGUCAUCCGCGGCAGCCAACUCUCCAUUGUCCGGCGGCUAGACGGUCAAUAUGUGGUGCAAGUGCACAGCACGCUACUCACAUGGAUCACCAAGCGGAUAGCCGUGUACGAGAGCAAUAAGAAUAAGAAUGGUCUGCGCUCAUCCAUCACCUUCUUCCGAGUCUUGCUUCCUCUUCUCGGCGUGAUAGAGAGUCGCGAUGCUCUUAAAAUUAAAGCACAUAUGGACCAAGCCCUGGCUCAAGCAAAACUGGAGGCUUCCCCAAGCGCGCGCCUUUGGGAACCGCAGCGAGCUUAUGAGAAGAGGUUGAGCACCGCGAUGUCCAAAGACAAAGCACCUGGUCCCAAGGGAAGACGAAGGAAAGCUGCCAAUAAGGGGAAGGAGUCUGCGACUAGUGAUGAAGGCGAGACUGAACCAGAGAAGGCACCAGACGACCACGAUCACAACGAAUCUGAAACACACCAGUCACCGGUCCUUCCGACAGGUCACCCAGAGCCUCCGGAAGAAUCGCCCCGUGCUGAUGGAGACCACGGUCCCACAACCCCCAGGGCGCGCCCUCGACUCCGUACAACCGCCAGAGAUCCAACUUCGCCCCUCUCUGACUUUGACGAAAUGACAACCCCAGUUUCUCGGAAACGGCCACGGUCAGAACAUGGCUCAGGUAGUGAAACAGAGAGCAUAACCAAUCCCGUCGAUGACGAACAUUCGGCUUUGCCACCCCAUGACCCACCGACACCUCCAGCGGAGGAGUUGCGUAUCAAAAAACGAGUUCGUCACUAA